AUGUCAGUGCUGGAAAACGACCAAAUCAAGCAACUAAACGCAAUAUUCAACCGCUUCGACAUGGACUCCGACGGAAGCCUCACGCACCUCGAGCUGGCGGCGCUCCUCCGCUCCCUCGGCAUCAAACCCUCCGGCGACGAGAUCUACGCGCUGCUCUCCAACAUGGACGAAAACGGCAACGGGUACGUCGAGUUCGACGAGCUCGUGCACGCGAUCAUGCCCGACAUCAAUGAGACAGUCCUCAUCAACCAGGAGCAGCUGCUCGAGGUUUUCCGCUCCUUCGACCGCGACGGCAACGGCUACAUCACGGCGGCGGAGCUCGCAGGCUCCAUGUCCAAGAUGGGCCACCCCCUCUCCUACCAUGAGCUCGCCUCCAUGAUGGCCGAGGCCGACAGCAACGGCGACGGCGUCAUCAGCUUCAACGAGUUCGCCGCCCUCAUGGCCAAAUCCGCGGCCGAGUUUCUCGGCCUCAAGGUCGCCUAG